CCGAUAAACAAGUGGUGCCCGUUCAUGUCCCUGUCUCUAUCUCUCUCUCUCUCCAACUCAACCUCUAAACUCUCCAAUCCUCGUUUCUUUCGCAUUUCACUAGGUCAAUGAUCUCAAAAAACCCCUUUGUCAGAAGCUAAUAAAUCACUAAACCAAAGAAACUCCAAAAAUCUGCAAUUGGGUUCUUCACUUGUAGUCCACAGCGUCAAAAUUUACUACAACCCCCAGUGAAAUCCAAUGGCCUCCGCGAUGCUCAACGGAGCCGAUAAUCUCAACCUCUUCAGAGGACUAGCAACCCCAAAUGGGUUAGGUUUCCGGGGCUCAGAUUUCCACGGCAAGCAUUUUCCCAAACUGGGUUUGGUUUGCAACACCAGAAUAUCAAAGUCCAACAUCGGCGGAACUUCCGUUUUUGUGCCCAAGUGCAGUCUCUCGACUUCUAGGCCCGCUUCUCAGCCCAGGUUCAUUCAGCACAAGAAAGAGGCUUUCUGGUUCUACAGGUUUCUUUCCAUUGUGUACGACCACAUCAUAAAUCCGGGACACUGGACUGAGGACAUGAGGGAUGAGGCGCUUGAGCCGGCUGAUCUUAGCGACCGGAAUAUGAUUGUGGUGGAUGUUGGUGGUGGUACGGGUUUCACCACUUUGGGGAUAGUUAAGCAUGUGGAUGCGAAAAACGUGACCAUUCUUGACCAGUCACCUCAUCAGCUUGCUAAGGCUAAGCAGAAGGAGGCCUUGAAGGACUGCAAGAUUAUUGAGGGGGAUGCUGAGGACUUGCCUUUCCGUACUGAUUAUGCUGAUAGAUACGUAUCUGCAGGAAGUAUUGAAUAUUGGCCAGACCCACAGCGAGGCAUCAAGGAAGCCUAUAGAGUCCUGAAACUUGGAGGAAAGGCAUGCGUAAUUGGUCCUGUGUACCCUACAUUCUGGUUAUCUCGCUUCUUUGCUGAUGCAUGGAUGCUCUUUCCGAAGGAGGAAGAGUAUAUUGAGUGGUUCCAAAAGGCAGGAUUUAAGGAUGUACAGUUGAAAAGGAUUGGCCCAAAAUGGUACCGUGGCGUUCGCCGGCAUGGUUUAAUCAUGGGAUGUUCCGUGACUGGUGUUAAACCCGCGUCCGGUGAUUCUCCGUUGCAGCUUGGUCCGAAGGAGGAAGAUGUAUCAAAGCCAGUAAAUCCAUUUGUGUUCUUUUUGCGAUUGAUUUUGGGUGCCAUGGCAGCAACUUACUAUGUGCUAGUCCCAAUUUACAUGUGGUUGAAAGAUCAAAUUGUACCCAAAGGUCAACCAAUCUGAGAGAAUGAGUGAGAGUGAGUGAGAGGCUGGCUUCUAUUUUGCCAUUUGCUAGACAAUCUCCUUAGAAGUUGCAACGUCAUGUAAGCCGUUAUUAAUGUUCCUUUUUGGAGGAGUUACGUUACUUAACACGUAUUUUUCACCUUUCUUCCUA